AUGAAUAAUAUAAAUUUUAGUAAUACGAGCAAUACAAACGGGAAUACUUAUAUUUACAAAGAGAAUUAUGGAAAUAACAAAUUAGGCAUAAAUGAAGAGUCAAGGAAUUAUUCAAAAGAUUCUGAUGAAAUAUAUAAUAAUAAUAAUAAUAAUAAUAAUAAUAAUACCAUAGAUGAAAUAAAUAAGAGGAAAGAAAAUAUUAAAUAUAUAAGUGAAUUUGCCAAAUAUUUUUUUUUUAUAGCAAAAAAAAUUGCCGCUUUAAAAGAUGGUCGCUAUAAUAAUUUAUGUGACGAUGAAAAAAAUCAGAAAGCCUUAGUUACACAUUUAAUAUAUAAAUUAAAUAAUAUAUUAUCUUCACUUUUAAAUUUUAAUGUUUUAGAAUAUAAUGAAAAUGAAAAAAAUAUAAAACAAGAAAUUGAAUAUCUAUGUUUAAAGAAUAGUAGUAUAACAUUAAAUAAAAUACGAUACAUGUUAAAAAAACUAGACAACAAUAAUAAAAAAUAUAAAUAUGUUUUAUAUAUAUUAUUAAUGUUAAAAGAAUAUGAUGAUAAAUACCCUCCUAGGAUACCAGAAAUGCCUAAUAAAAAUACAAAUCAUUUAAACAUUCAUCAUAAUAAUAAUUUUGGAACAAGUAAAAAUAUAAAUGAUAAUAAUAAACAAGUUCAUAAUAUUACUUACAAUGAUAAGACAUAUGCAAAUAAUUUACACACUGAGGAAAAUUCUUCUCUGAAUAUGACGAGAAACAUAAAUGAAAAAAAUUAUACGAUAAAAGAACACACAACUAAUAUGUUUCAUGUCCCAAAAAAUACACAUAACAAUUAUAAUUUAAAUAAUCAUAAUAUUAAUGAAGAUACAAAUGAUUUUCAUAAAAAUAAUUAUGGACAUUAUAAUAAUUCAGUACAUAAUUUUAAUCAAAUUAAUCAAAAUGAAUACGAGGAAAAUAAGAAACAAUGUAAAUUAAUCAAUAAAAAUGAUAAUAAUAAUAUAAAUAAUAUAAAUAAUAAUAAUAUAAAUAAUAGUAUCAUUCUUCAUAAAAACAAUUUAGUAAAUAAAAGCUUAUUUGCAAAUAUUAUUUUAAAUAAUAAAUUUCAUAGUUUAGAUGUCGAAGAAAAUUUCCUUCUAAGAGAUCUUAUAUAUCCAUUACAAGGCAUAGACGGAGAAUUCAUCAAAUAUAAUAAAAAUGAAAAAAUAUUUUGUGUACCUAAUAGAAAAGUUAGCUUAGGCAUGCAACAUUUAAUACAUAAUAUUGGUAGCGUAGGUAUGCUAUUCAAAAAAAUAAAAACUUUUAUAACAUAUUCAAAUGUCAAUCAUAGAGGAAAAGUAAGCAUUUACGAAGACACUGAUAGUUUCUCUAGCGAUGCUGAUGAUUAUCAUUAUGAUUAUAAUCAAUGUGAUAAAAAUUCUCACUAUGGUGAUUUAAUAAAUGAUCCAAAUGGUCAUAAGAAUCAAUAUACAAACAAUACAUCAAAUAAUCUUCAGCAACUCAAAUUUAAAUUAAACAAUGAAAAUUAUAUCCAACAUAAUACAAAUCAUAACAAAGUAGAAGAUAAAUCGUUUUAUGAUGUACACAACGGAAGAAAUGCUAAUGAUUUUUAUAUCAAGAAGAAAAAUAAUGUAGAUGAUAUGAACACGCAAGGUAAUGUAAAUGAUAUUCACAUGAACAGGCAAGGUAAUAUAAAUGAUAUUCACAUGAACAGGCAAGGUAAUAUAAAUGAUAUUCACAUGAACAAAUACGAUAAUGUAGAUAAUAUUCACAUGAACAAACACGAUAAUGUAGAUAAUAUUUACAUGAACAAACAUGAUAAUGUAGAUAAUAUUUACAUGAACACACACGAUAAUGUAAAUGAAAUUCACAUGAACAGUCAUGUAAAAAAUGGAAAGCUACUAAAUUAUGAAAAUAGAAAAAGUAAAAGUUCAAAACAUCGAAUAAGUAAAUAUAAGAAAGAAGUUUGUAUGUUAUCUAAAAAGGGAAGUUUAGUAAUAGAUGCAUUAUAUCAGGUAAUACGUGAAUAUAUAAAUGAGUAUUACAAAUUAUUAUCGUAUAUAGAGAGUGAUAUUAAUGAGCAUAUACAUAAAAACACGGUAUAUAUAGGAAUAAAGAAAUUAUAUUUAUUGUUACAAGAAUCUUAUAAGAUAUUAAGAGUGUUGGUAGGUGUGAUAGAUGAGUCCUUGCGAAAUACUGGUUGUACUUUUUUAUCGUAUUUAUAUUCUAAAUCACAAACAUAUGAUUAUGAGGAGCAAAAAAUAUAUAAGAAGAUUUUACAAAGAUGUAUAAAGCCAAUAAAUGAAAUAUUAAAGCAUUGGAUAGAAUAUGGAGAAUUAAAAGAUAAAUAUAAUGAGACAUUUAUAGCAGCUAAUAAGAUUGUGAAUUCAGAAGAAAUAUGGUUGAAUAAAUUUUAUUUGAAUGUGAAUAAAAUACCUUUAUUUCUUAGUUUUAGUAUAGCAAAAAAAAUUUUGAUGACAGGGAAAAGUGUGUAUUUGCUUAAUAGUAUUAUAAAUAAAGAUAUGAUGAAUAAUUAUAUGAAUGGCAAAUAUAUAUAUAAUAAUAAUAAUAAUAGAAAUAGAUAUAUAUCUUCCAUGUCAAAAAUAAAAUCAAUAAUGUAUAACAAAAAGGUUUUAUUAAAUCAUGAAAAAGAAGAUGAAGAUGAAGAGGAAGAACAAAAAAAUGAUUAUAUUAAAAAGAAAGCUAAUAAACAGGUUGAUUAUUUUAAUGAUAUAAAAGUGAAAAGGGGUAUUGAUAAAAAUGACGAUAUGAAUGAUUAUAAAAAUGAUGACAUGUAUGAAGAUGGUCAAAGAGGGGUAAAAAAAAUAAUAAAAAAAAAAAAAAAAAUGGAUAGAAAUAAUAAUAAUAAUAAUAAUAUGAAUUAUAAUAAUUAUAAUAAUUAUAAUAAUAAUUAUUAUAAGAACGAUUCGUUAUAUUAUUCACGCCAUAAUAAUAAAAAUAAAUAUUCAGAAUAUAACGAUAGAUAUAUAGAAGAUGAAGAUUAUGAUGAUGACAAUAUGAUCGAUGUAUUUUCUAUUAAUGAUAUUAAUAUGUAUAUAGAAAAUAUAGAUGAUUAUAUUAAUAAAGUAUCUGAAAGUAAAAAUAAGAAUUUGAUAAAUGUAUUAUUAAAUAAUUAUAAUUUAUAUGAAACAUUCCAAGCAUUUCGUCAUUUCCUUUUAUUAGUUGAUGGUGAUUUAUUUGAAACAUUAUUUGAGAAUAUGAAAAAUGAUUUAUAUAUGAAUGCAGAAGAAUUAAAAAGACAUUAUCUUAAUAGUAAAUUAGAUUUAUGUAUAAAAUCUUCUUCAUUAUUUACUCAGGAUUCAAAUAUAAUAAAUAAAUUGACACUUGAUAAAUUUAAUGUGAAAAGAGGAGAUACUGGUUGGGAUGUUUUAGUUUUUGAUUUUUUAGUAGAGAAACCAUUAGAUAUAAUAUUUACUAAGAAAAUAAAAAAUAUAUAUAAAAGUAUAAAUAUUUUAUUAAUCAAAUUAAAAAAAAUACAAUGUGAAUUAUCUAAUAUGUGGUAUUUAUUUACACAUUUAUUUAAAAUAAUAAAUAUCAUUUAUUAUAAUUCUCUAUUUAAUUUUUGUAAUACUAUAAGAAAUGAAAUGUUCCAUUUUAUUCAAAAUAUAUUAUCUUAUUUUUAUUAUGAUGUUAUAGAUACUAAUUGGCGUGCAUUUCAAAAAAAAAUUUUCUUAUGUAAUAAUUUAGAUCAAUUAAUCAAAGCACAUUAUAAUUAUAUUACACAAAUACAGUAUGAUUUAUUCUUAGGAAAUUAUCAUGACCUUAUAUUAUCAGCAAGAAGGAAACACGAUCGUAACAAUCGUAGCAAUCAUAAUAAUUAUAAUAAUUAUAAUUCUUAUUAUGUUGCAAAUACAGAUGAAGAAGAAGAUAAUUAUUUAUAUAAUGAUUAUUCUUCUUCUUAUACAAAUACACAAGAUAAUGAAUACAUAGAUAUGGAAGAAUAUUAUAUGAGUAAUCAUAAUUUAAAUAUAUAUAAAAAUUCAAAGGAGCAAAAAGAAAGGAUAAGAAAACACCACCAUCAAGAUGGUAAUGGUGGUGAUGAUAAUGGUGGUGACAGCGAAUAUAAAGAAAGAGGAACAAAUAAAUAUAAUAAAAAUAAUAAUGAAGAUUAUAUACAACAUAAUAUAGAAAAUGAAUCACAUAAAUGUUUAAAUAAAAUAUUAGAUAUUAUAACAAGAUUUAUAAAUAUUACAAGUUCAUUAGUUUCUUUAAUAUGUGAGAAUUAUAAUGAAAUUAAAAAACUCAUACAAGAAAGAAAAGAUAUAGAUAUGGAAGAGAUAACAAAUGAAAAAAAUGAUCAAAAUAAUAUCAAUGAUGAUCCAUAUCAAAAUCAUGAUAAUUAUAUUGAUUAUAUUAAUUAUUAUAUUAAUUAUAAAAUUAUAGGAGAAAGUACAAUUAAAGAUAUUAAAAUGUUAUUGAAAUAUUAUAGAAAUUAUAUUUAUAAAUUUAUUUGUUUAUUAUUAGGUGAAAAUAAAUUCUUAUAUAUGUAUUCUAAAAAUACAAACAGAGAUAAAAUAUCAUCUCUAAGAUUAUUAGCAUCUAGAUUAGAUUUUAAUCUAUAUUAUGUAAGAUUAUCUAAAAUGUCAGACAGGAAACCACAUCCUACAAAGCUUAAUAUAUCUAAACGUAUUAAAAUGAUGAACAUAUGA